UUGUUUUAAUUUCUCCUUCACAUAUGCUACUAUUAAUAUCUCCCACUCUCUUUGUCGCCUCUCUCUCUCUCUCUCUUGCUUUCUCUCACUCUCUCCUAUAUAAAUUUUAGAUCCAAUUCCAGUUCUACAUCUUUCCUAGAAGCCCCAUCCGAUCCUAUAAGCAGGACCUUGAUUUCAUUUCAUACAUGGCUCCACUUCGGUACUUCAGUUUCAGACAGGUACUUGUGCUCUAUCUUGUUUUAUUUCUCUUUGCUUCUACUCUUGUUUGUGCCUGCUCCGAGGCCCAACCUCGGAGAACACAGUUUCUUGGGAGGAGGAGAGUGUUUGAGAUUGAGAAAGAAGAGCAGCCCAAGAAGACACCCAGCACUAGCUUGUCCACCAAGAACCAAACCAAACUCGUCAAAGAGGUACAGAAAGAAGAUCAACCAAAGAAGAAGCUCGAUGGGACCUCGUCCAGCAAGAACCAAACCAAACUCGUCAAACCCUCCACUUACUCGACCAAAACGACACCCACUAUCCUCAACAAAGCCCAGAUAAAGAAGCUCAAUUCCACGGCAAAAUCCUCAAACUCCACGAAAACGACACCCACUAUCUCUGCCACGAAACAGCUCAAGAAGCUCAAUUCCACCUCAAAGGCCUCAAAUUCAACCAAGUCCAGUUCUGGUACCACCAAGAAAUCCUCAGAUCUACUCAAACCAAGCACACCCAAUGACAAAACAUCCAAACCCAUCAUCAUAAAGCAGACCAAAACUCAAACAAGCGAGAAACUCGUGGUGCUUGAAUCCAAGAGCAAGAACUCAGAGACGAACCCUCCGAUAGAGAAAAAACCCAAGCAGCAGAAGAUCCAGAGGCCCACACAACCAAGCUGGAUUGAUCAAGAAGAGGAUGGUGAUUUGGUGUCAGAGUUCAGAGAUCUACCCUCCAGGUUUCAAAAAACUUUGAUGCCAGACCUAGAGAGAAUCUCCACAACUUCAAAAGCCUAUAUCUUUAAAGCCAACAAAGAGAUCACGAGGGGUUUCAAACCUAUUAUUGGCAACAAAUACGCACCCACCAUUGCCCCUGUAAUCUCUUUUGCUUUCAUAUUGCUACCUCUCCUACUCGUCUCUCUCAUCUUCAAUAAAAUCAAAGCUUACUUCUCCCUCCAAAAGAUCUUGAUCUUCAUCCAAGUCUACCUCUCAAUCUACUUCUCCAUUCUAUGCUUAUCCUCACUGGUCACUGGGCUCGAGCCAUUGAAGUUCUUCUACGCCACUUCGCAGUCCACCUACAUUUGGCUACAGGUGCUGCAAACACUCGGCUACGUUCUCUACCUCUUGAUGCUGCUCAUGUACCUGGUGCUUGUGUUCUCCACCGACUGUGGGCUGACCUCAAAGUUGUUGGGCCUGCUUCAAACUUUCGUGGGUUUUGCCAUUGGGCUCCACUACUACGUAGCCGUAUUUCACAGGGUGGUCCUCCACCAACCGCCCAAGACCAAUUGGAAGGUUCACGGGAUUUACGCCACGUGUUUUCUCAUGAUCUGCCUGUUUUCCAGGGCUGAGAGGAGAAAGAAGGCAUACUUAGCCGAAGGCGGUGAGGAGGGCAAGCAGAACUGAAGCAGAAAUGAAAAUUUCGAGUUGUUUUCGGUGCUCCUAGCCAAUCAACUCCCUGGCCUCAAAUCGAUCCGAAACAUGGUAUCCUCGUCCGCCGGCAUCGAGGUAAUAAAAGCGUGUCAAACGUGCUCCCUAGCCCUUACCGCAGUUACGUGGGUCCCACCUUAAUACUAAUAAUUAAGAGUGGAUUUAGUUUUCGAUUUAGAGAUGUGGAUAUUGUAAUUGGAGGCGGCCGACGGUAUGGACGCGGUGUCAGUGAUGGUAGUAAAGAGACAAGACUCAAAGGGGUCUCAAGACUCCAGAGAGUGGGAAAAAUGUAACAAUCACAUGGCUGUCUGGCUUUACAUGUAAUGUAACCGACAUAAGUGAAUAGUUGUUUUCCUUCUUUUUCAGCUUUAUUUUAAUUGAGACAGAAUAUUGGCAAAUGACUACAAAUGGGGUAGGCCCCACUUUCUUUGA